UUCGUUGAUAUAUUUAAAUCUAUAAGUUUGGUGGCAGAUCGGAUUCAAACGUCUAGCAUGUCGGACAGACAUAAAGUUUAUAUUUUGGUUCUUCUUCAGGCCAUUUUCUUCAUCCAUUUGGCUGAGUGUGUUCGGUUAUCAAGCUGCCAAAAAGAUGAGAAAUGCACCAGACUGGUUAGCUGCUCACCGCUUAUGAACAUCCUAAGGCCCCGGGGCAUGACCCAGGCGGAGAAAGAUGUGUUUGCAAACAGGCAGUGUGGCCUGGACCCCAAUGGACGCGAGUUGUUGUACAUGGUUUAUGUCUGCUGCCCAGAGUUGGGUGACGUCUUGCCCAGCAAACAGACCUGUGGAAAAACGACUCCAGUGCUCGGAUUUCGGGGUGCCGAGAACGCAGAGCUCAAGGAGUACCCUUGGAUGGUACUGCUGCUAUAUGAGAAUCGGCUAUCCUUGACGUGGAAUCAGCGAACGGGUUGUGUGGGCUCGCUGAUCAACAGUCGCUAUGUGCUGACCGCUGCCCACUGCGUGAUCGGUGGCUACUUGACGCACAAUGACCUGGUGCUGAAGAGUGUGCGCCUGGGCGAGUCCCAUAACGACAGCAUCACCUCGGUAAGCAGGUGGCCACAUCUGGAUGUGGAGGUGGGGCACACAACAGUGCAUCAGGGUUUCACUUCGAGUGGCGGAACUUACCACAACGACAUCGCCCUCCUCCGACUGCGAAUCCCACUGCGAUACACGAAACAGAUCCAACCCAUUUGUCUACUGGACGCCGACUUUCCCCUACACGACUUGAAUUUGCAAGUCUCAGGCUGGGAUCCGACUAAAAGCAGUCAAUCGCUGAUCACCAGCACGAUCAAGAAAAGGAAUCCUGUUGAUUGUUUGAUUGGCUAUACCAGCUUUCGCCCCGCGUCCCAAAUAUGCGCCGGUGGCCAGCGGAAAAGGGACACCUGUGCGGGCAUCUCAGGCAGUCCGCUAAUGGGCAUCAUGGAAAGCGGCGUCGACGAGUUCGUCUUUUUGGAAGGCAUUGCUUCAUAUGGACAACAAUAUUGCUACACUGCUGGCAUUCCAGGUGUUUACACAAAAAUUGACCACUUUUUGGAAUGGAUCAAGGCGAAUUUGGCUCCCUAAUUUCAAUAAAAAAUGCAUAUAGUAAAA